AUGGUUACUCGUCGCCGGCACGAUCUAAUUAGUCCAAGUUUUUGUUCCUCAUGUACAUCAGCGACUAGUAAUCUUCGUUGGAGCGAACUAUCGUCGGGAUCAUUAUUUAGUCCGCCAUCAAUAUCGUUUCAAAGACCAAUAUUAAAAUCUGCUCGGCGUUAUAUAUUACCGACAGUUCCACCCGCUUGGUCACCUAUAUCUCCGAUUUCACAUCAAGCUCAUCUUCGUGAUUUUUGUUUACCACUACCAGAACCGUCACCACCAGUCGAUGUUUUGAAACGAUCAUCAUUGAGUUCAUGUUCGCCAUCAUUAGUUAAAUUUAGUCGAGCUAGUAUAAAACAACAUGCAUCCGUAUCAACAAGUACUACAGCACUGCCAGAAACAGUGAACCCUGCAAAUUCCUUACAUCCAACAACGACAUUUCUGACUGUCAAUGGAAUUAAAGCAAAUUAUCAUCAGCAUCAACAUCAUUAUCAUCAUCAUCAACAUCAUUAUCGGCAGACACGGUAA